AUUAAAGAGUCAGUGAACUCUUAACUGUUUGAGAUGGAAUGUGAACACUAUGUUAUGAAAAAAAAAGUAGUUUGGGCUGAGUUUUAGGAAAGAGGCAGCGUGUUAUCGUUAUGUCCCACGCCAACUUUAUGAUCGUUUUUUUGUACUGUGUCGUUGUGUAAUUGUUAUGAGCGUUAUAAUAAGCAAUGUUUUAUUUGAAAUGCGCCACACAAUGUAGCGUUAUACUAUAGGUGUCCGGGAAGCUGAACCUACACUUAAAUACCGACAUUAAAUACAUCGCUGCUUAGGGGGAGCUCAGAGAGACUACCUCGGAAAAGGUAGUCUGACGUCCCAAAAAGAACGCCACCUGCUUUCGCAGCAGAAUGGAACGUUAAUGGGGACACCUUUAUCUGUGCUGGAUAGAUGAGCGAUGAUUACUUCAGUCCACUGAGUAGGCUGGUAGACUGAUCUAUCCAGCACAGAUCUAGGUGGACACGCCCACUAGUGAUGUCAUAUGGGGCAGAUUUUCAAAACGGAUUGUACGGCUAAUCACACUCAUACAUGGUGGUAUAAUAUGUCCCCUUUCAUUUAUUUUUUUGGUGAGCACAGCAAAAACAUAGCAUUUCACCGCUUUUUUCUCUAAAUCUGGGACUUAUUUCAGUAAUAUUGAUUAAAAGGCAUAGAUUACUAUCUUGACGAUCAUAUAAGACAAAUGAACACGUUUGAAACCAUAAAAUUGUGGUUUUGGGUUCACUGGCUCCUUAAGCUAACAUGACAGUGAUUACUGCUACCUGCGACAUCUGCUGGAGAUUCCUGGAGACCUUUAAAAGCUGGGUAAUCUGGGUUGGUCUAGCACAGGGGUCGGCAACCUUUUCUUUGUAAAGGGCCAUUUUUGUUUAGAAAUGGGGCAUGGAAAUCUGUCUGGGGUUGCAUAAUAUUUUUUUGUAAAAGCUAUUUCGCUACUUUAGCAAUUAAAUAGCCUGUAUAGGCAUAUACAACAAUUUUAGUUUAUUCAAUGAAUAUAGGCAAUUGCAUAAAACAUAGGCUACAAAACAAGCAACGUUUUUUUAUUGAAGUGAAUGUAAUAUUUAACCAGACAUAAAGGGAGGAAAGAUCAAAAAUAAUUCAAGUUGAAAUGAAGUAGGUCUAGCCCUGCAGCCUUAGUCCACGUUUCUGCAAAUGAAAUGAAUAUCAUUGCAUCAUAGAAAAUAUCAGCCUAACACUGUUUCUGAAAAUGAAAAUCAUCUUUAAAAUUACAACACUGGUAAACAUUUUAAUAGUUUAACUUUGACUGUCCAGUUCAGUGCUAAGUAGUCUUGUUGCAUUGAUUCCCAGCAACACUCAGGGUUUUUUCUACGAAAAACAACUUGUUAUAAUGAGAUAAUCAACCACACCCUACCUUUCGCAUCAAGUUUAAUGAGAUUUUUGUUUCUGAAUUGCAUUGCAGAAUUUCUGAAUAUCAGGGUUGUAUGAUGUUUUCAGCUAAUAUAUCUUUCUCUUUUUUGGAUCCAUAGCUAGGCGAUCUUAGCAACCUACCCUUUCAUAGGCUACUGCGAUCAGAAAAUAGGACAAAAAAAAGAUCUUGACGUAUACACGAAAUAUAUUUAAAAAAAAUGAACUGGCUCAAAUGUACACAUGCCAUUUGCCUAUUGCAAGGAGAAAUUAUUUUUGAAUCCAAAACAGUAAAUGUAAUUGUUGUUGGGAUAGGCCAAAAAUGAUCUAUGAUCAGGUGGGAAUUUACGGUAACCCCACCUUCUCACCAACUUGUUUCACAAAUAAGAAACUGAAACAAUAAACCAUUGUAUGCAUACUUUAUGAUUUUAGUUUUCUACUCGAGUGUCUCAACUACCUGUCCAACGUGAUCUCCAAACUAAACAACAGAAUAGAUAGUUUGUCGCUUUUGUCCAAAGCGACUAAAGUAGGCCUAAGUGCAUUCAACAAUGAAGAUAUAUCCCAAAAGUGCAAGAAUCAUUUGAGUAAAUAAAGUCAUAAAAUAAGCAUAGCAACUACUUUUCAGUGCUACAAUAAAGAACCAAGAGAUAGAUCAUUUGUUUUCAUUUUUUCAAUCCCCAAGAUGCAAUCUGAACAGAGCCCUGUUUCAGGUAGCUGGUUUUGAGGCAACCCCGAGUUUGUUCGCUCUGAGUUAGUGGAAACUCUGGGUUUUCCGUUUCAGGUAGCAGGUUCAGCGCAACCGGGAGUUUAAGUUGCUGCGGCAACAUACGCCGUGGACCUAACCUGCUCGGGAGGUGGUUAGACCUGAGCUGCCAACUCUCCCGUUUUUCCCGGGUUUCUCCCGUUUUCUGAUCCAUCUCCCGCCGCCCUCCCAUUUUGUCAUUUCUCCCGGUUAACUCCCGUAUUUCACGAUGUCCAAACUUAUUUUAUUUAUAAUCAAAUCAAAAUGUGUGUCGAAUGUUCUAAAGUUGCCAGAUCAUGUAUCAAACGCAAGCUUGAGAGGCAACGCAAGCGUCAGCCAAUCAAAUGCAUUUGCAGCAAAUACGACAGCACAGGCUGUAGCCAAUCAGAUCACGUCUAUGGUCACUUCUCAAGAGCGCAGUUUUGUAUUUGUAUACAAAAGUUGUUUGUUUGACUUUUCUUUGCUUAUAUUUUAAGAAAGUUACCGAGAAAUAGAGACUGUACAAUGUAAAAACCCCAUUAUUGUAACUGAAAAAUAAGUCUCGGAGGAUUUGUGAAGUGUCUUGAGUCUCCUGUCAUUCACUUUGAAUGGGGAUCCGUCAGCCUUGACAGAUCAACGCAUUAUGUACACAAUAAACACUAUUUUCUAUCUGACAACCUACAUUCUAUUGCGCAGUUGAUCAUUCUGCGCAGACUAUUGCCGCGCAAAGUUGAUAUUUCAGUUAUUUCAAGUUGACGGAAAAUGGCAGAAGCGGGUGUAGGCCUACCAUCGAAGAAGAUUAAAUAUAUGUGUACUUUUAAGUCGGAAUGGACCAAAGAGUAUGAUUCAAUAUCAAAUAGUCACCUGGACAAUAGUCACGCUUUUUGUAAAGCGUGUCGGGUUGAUUAUAAUAUAGGGCACGGCGGUAAAAAUGACGUCCGUCAACAUUUAAAGUCCCUGAAACAUGUCCGUGCUGCCGGGGCACAAAAGGGCACUCAGGCGAUAACGGGUUUCAUCACUAAGGGACAAACCGAGCAGGAACAAGUGCUCCAGGCUGAGCUGAAAAUGGCAAUGUUGGUUGCCAAAAACAACCUCUCGUUUUCGUUUUGUGACGAAUAUUCAGCAACUGUGGCAUCGAUGUUCCCUGACUCCGCAAUUGCCAAAAAAUAUUCGUCUGGGAGAACGAAGACAACACAACUCCUAAAAGGUAAGUUAUUAUUUUUUUUUCUCACAAUUUCCAUAAAACUGUGGUGUAUUUCUUGUAUUUAUUGGUUCAGUGGUGUAACGUAGUCACAACAACGGGCCCUAGUCAGUGGCGUUAGGCAGUUAAGUAAGUGGCUCCUAAAACAUUUUACAGUCCCGUGCCCCCUUCUUUCCAUGUUUGUGACGGCCGGCUCGCCCUCGUUGUCAGGGUGGAUCACUAACAGCCGCUGCCACGCCCCCUCGUCCCGCGCACAUAUUCCACCUUCAGUCUAUUUAGAUUGACGUAGAAAAGUCUAAUGUCCCCAGCAAUACCCACGGGCCAGGUGCAGCGAUAGACCCAAAGCAGCAGCAUAAUUAAAACAAAACAGUAGUAUUGAAAAGUCACUGUUACUUAUUUCUUUUUUUUAGGUGCCAUUGCCCCAGAGCUAAAUGAUGAGGUGACAGCCACCUGCCAGACCCAGCCAUUUGGUCUGCUGUGUGAUGAAUCAACAACACUUCAGAAAGAGAAGGAGCUCGUUAUUUUGGCUCGUCUAUAUGAUGAAGAUAGUCUUGAGGUGGUCACUAAAUGUAUUGAUUUGCCAGUCUGCAAUGUUGGAACAGCAGACAGCAUUUUUGAGAAGCUGGCAACCUCUUUAACGUAAGUUUAUUGCCGAUUUAGAUAACAUCAGAUUCAUCUUUAUUGUCACUGAAAGUUAAAAAUUCAGCAAGGGAAUGAUGUUUAAUGCACUUAAGGCUCAGUUCAAUUUCCUCCUAUGUUCAAUUUCAUCCUAUGUUUUCAACAAAUGCAUUUGUCUAAUGACAGAACCAGAGGAAUAACAUGGGAUAACCUGGUGGCCUUCAACUCGGAUAACUGCAAUGUUAUGAAGGGAAGGCACAAUUCAGUUAUCACAAAAUUGAAAGCAAAGCAGCCUCACAUCCAGGAUGUGGGCUGUGUUUGCCACCUCGCCCAACUUGCCACAGGCUGCGGCAUCAAGGCCAUGAAGGCCCCAGUGGAACAGUUGUUGGUCGGGGUAUACUCCCACUUUGAUAAAAGCGCAAAGAGAAAUGAACUCUACAAGGAGUUUGUGGAGUUCACCGACACAGACAAACUGAAGCUAUUAAGAUACUGUUCAACAAGAUGGCUCAGCCUCCACACGUGCAUUCUGAGAAUGUUAAAUCAGUGGCCUGCUCUUCAGGCCUACUUUAACAGCUACGAGGACGAGACUAGUGUUAAAGUUAGGGAUCUGGCAGGCUACCUCAAUGAUCCUGAGAUGAAGUUUGAUUUUCUUUUUCUGAGUGCUGCUCUCAAGCCAUUGGUUGCGUUCAACACUGCCUUCCAGGGAGAGGGGGUGCUGAUACACAAACUCCACAACGAGAUGACUAGACUGGUGAAGAGGUAUUUGGGCUACAUUCUCCCAGCCAGAGCCAUAGCGAAUAUCCCAGUCAGAGAGGUGUCACUCGGUCAGGAACACCAGCUGAAAAAUGAAGAUCUUUUCAUUGGAGCUGAGGCCAGAGCAUUCAUUGAGAAAGAGGAACUACCAUCGGUCACAAUGACCAAAAUCUAUCAGACAGUCAGGGACUUCUACGUGGAAGCCAUAAGGAAGAUGCUCAAGGCCUUCCCCCUUGAUUCUCCUUUGCUUCAAGACCUGGAUGUGCUGGACCCAGCCUCUCGCCUAGACCUCUCUCCUGAAACAGGUUGACUUUCUUGUUUUAUCAUUUGCCUAACAUUCAAAUGAUAAUGUUUUUGUACAAAAAAGUAUUGAGCACUGUCAGACUUUAAGUCACCUAACUGAGCAAAGAUUUGUACAAUAAUUAAGUACAUUAAGCAUUUUGUAAGAAAUCCUUCUAAUAGGAUGUUUGAAAAUGUGUUAGUGUCAAGGCUAGGGUGCUUGUUUCCUCAACUGGGACUUGAUCCUGAUCAGCUGAGAGAGGAACUGACAGACUACCAGGUUGCAGACAGCAAGGAGUUACCUCAGGAACAGAGAGUGGACAGAUUCUGGGGCCUUGUAGGGAAAGACAAGCGCUUCAGUCAGCUGGCUAGACUGAUGAAGGCAUUACUGUGCAUCCCACACAGCAAUGCCUCCUCAGAGAGGACUUUUAGUAUGGUUAAGAAAAUUGUAACAGAAAAUCGUACUAGUUUAAAUAACAGCACUUUGUGUGCUCUUUUAUCAUGUAAAAUCAACUUCACUAAGCCUGCCUCGAAGUACACCCCAUCAAAAAAAACACUUAGGGCAGCCAAGUCAGCCACCUAUAUAUAUAACACUAAACAGUAGUUUUAAGACCUCUGCAAUGUACAUCAACUGUUUCUGUGAUGAUUUUUAUGAAUUAUUUAAUUUAAUUAAUUUUGCUUAUUUAUUCAUGAAUUAUUUUAUUGUAUUAUUGUAUUGUAUACAAUGUAAUGAAUUGAUAAUAAGUUAUUGCAA